AUGGCUACCGGCAACUUCAAAUACAACAGUUUGCAGGAGAAUGAGAUCAGGGUGUUGGUUCUGGACGCAGCUCAAGAGGGAGACGCCCUCUCGGGAGCCCUUGUCGUUGUGAAGCAUGUCCCUGGCGAGCAUGUUACGCGGUACGAUGCAAUGUCGUACACGUGGGGUGACCAGUCAGAUCCCGACUAUAUAGAUCUCCGGCAUCCGAAACCGAUUGGCCACGAUAAAUCAUGCAUUUGCAACAAAGAGUCUUCGGGGUCGCUUGCCAUCGGUCGCAAUCUUGCUUCUGCUUUGCGAAAGAUCCGUCACCAAAGCAAUAGCCAGAUCCUCUGGGCUGACUCAAUUUGCAUCAAUCAACGGGACCUCGAUGAGCGAGCCGCGCAGGUCCUGCGAAUGCGCGAUAUAUACAAGCACGCCCAGCGCGUCAUUGCCUGGCUCGGCCCCGCCGACGAACACAGCCCCAUUGCCAUCGCCAUGCUGCAAGAACUCGCCGACUGCGUCGACUUUACCAAUGAGGAGGACGACAUCUUGGAUAACCGGAUAAGAUUUAAGCCAGACAAGUAUGACUUUCUUAUGAGAAGACACCCAGACAAUUCCCACGACUGGUCCAAGCCCAUGCCCUUCUCUGACCGCCAGUGGCAGGCCUUGCUAUCCUUGAUAUCGCGGUCCUGGUUCCGUCGACUAUGGGUACGUCAAGAAAUCCUACUGGCGGGUAAAGACACCAUUAUCCUGGUCGGAAACGACAGCAUGCCUUGGCUGCAUUUCAGGACCGCCAUCGAGAUAAUUGCGGCGAAAAGGGAGGCAUUGGCUGGCAAGGUCGACAUCCAUAUCAUGGUUGAGUUCUCCAACGCACGCAGCUUUUCGGCCCUUCGACACUUGAGGGACUUUUUCUCUCUCGUAGCUUACACACACGCCUGUGAGGUAACGGAGCCGAGGGAUAGAGUCUUCGCGCUGUUGGGUCUCGCAGAGGGCGGCUUUACUAGCGAAAUUGACGUUGAUUACAGAAAGGAUGUCAAGGACGUCCAUCGCGAUGCUUUGGUUCGGGCGUCGACGUACCAUCAAAAUCUUAAGUUGAUGUCGCUGUGCGAUUCAGCGUCCGAGCCGACAUGGAUCCCCGACUUGGAGCGGAUACAGCACCAGCGGCCCAUGACUUACGGUCGAGCUGCACUUUGCUCAGCCGAGAAUGCACAUGCGUUCACCAAAGAGCAAUUGCGAUUGCAAGGUAUACGCUGCGACUACAUUGCGGAGCUAGUCGGGCCUCAGGACAGUCAAGAUUCUCAAGCACAGCUCCAAGUCACUGUGCUAGAGGCAGCACGACGCUUUCUGGGUCCCCACUCAGAGACUUGGGAUUUCCAAAAAGUUCAGCAAUUUUCGCUCAUGUUACAUGUAAACGACUUCUUCAUCCACCCCCCAUUCAUCAACAAGAUGCACGAGCAGUUGGCGGAGCGAAUCAGCACCCAUAGUAAGACGCUCGGUGGCCAACUUGCACACUUGACUUACUACAUGCACAACCGCUCUAUAUAUCUGACCAAAAUGGGUUACAUCGUGCUGGGCCCACGGGACUGUCAGCCUGAUGACCUCGUCGUUGUCUUUCUUGGCUGCCAUCUGCCUAUGGUCCUUCGGUCGAUAGAGGACGGCGAGUACAAACUCAAAGGGCCGUGUGCUCACCCAGCACUCUUGGCCGGCGAAGCAAUUCUUGGCGAGAUGCCAAAGGGUUGGCGCCUACGCUACGCCAAACGAGGUGAAGAGCCUGUCUUUGAGAAUCCAGAAGGAAAGCGGCAGCAUAUAGACCCGCGGCUGGAUAACAUCCCUGUCCCGAAGGAAUGGGAGCUACGUUGGAGGGAUAAUGGUACCCCGUUUUGGUAUAUUGCUGCAGAAGAUCGAUGGACCAACUUUGAUCCAAGACUCUCGCUGGAUAGCCUUAGGAAGAGAGGGGUUAGAGUGGAUGAUUAUGUAUUGCGGUGA